UCGCUCUCUCUCCUCAGCGGCUCUCUUCCUUUCACUAUCGAGAAAGAUUCUGGAAGAAUUCAAAAUGACUUCCAUUAUAUCCAUUAUCUCGUUAGUCGCUCUUGUCGGAAUAUGCUUGGCAGAAGCAAAUUACUUGCCACCGUCAAAUGGAAACGGUAAUGGAAAUGGUAAUGGUAUCAAUGGCAAUGGAGUAUUCGGAAAUGGAAAUGGCAAUGGCGGAUAUACCAAUGGUAAUGGCGUGAAUGGAAAUGGCGCUUACGUAAAUGGAAAUGGGAAUGGUGCCAAUGGAAAUGGAAAUGGCGCUUAUGUAAAUGGAAAUGGGAAUGGUGUCAAUGGAAAUGGAAAUGGCGUAAAUGGUAAUGGCGGAUAUACCAAUGGUAAUGGUGUGAAUGGAAAUGGCGCUUAUAGAAAUGGAAAUGGUAAUGGUGUAUAUGUUAAUGGAAAUGGCGUAAAUGGUAAUGGGGCAUAUGCUAAUGGAAACGGUGUAAACGGAGGAUAUCAGAACGGAAAUGGAGUGACCGUGUACGCCAAUGGCAUUGUGGAUCCGUUCAGAGCCCUAGCUGAUGCCAUUGGCGGUGGAGGCGUCCCAGGUGUGGACUACCCCAUCCUGGCCUUCGUCCCCGACACCGGGUUCUCGUGCAACGGCCAACUUCCUGGAUAUUACGCUGAUACUUCUCCCGAGGCUGGCUGCCAGGCUUUCGAGUCAGUGCAGCGGGAGAGUUUCUGGAGAACACUGGGUCUCCGUGGGAUCCCCCCUGGGAUUAUUGAUUUGCUGUCUGGCCUAUAUACAGAUACCGAGUGCUGUGAAGUGCCUCUCAUUGGAAUAUGUUUAGCAGAAGCAAAUUACUUGCCACCUUUCAAUGGAAAUGGUAACGGCAAUGGGAAUACAAAUGGAAAUGGAGUAUAUAGAAACGGUAAUGGAAAUGGUAAUGGCGUCAAUGGAAAUGGGGCAUAUGUUAAUGGAAAUGGUGUCGAUGGAGUAUUCAGAAAUGGAAAUGGCAAUGGCGGAUAUACCAAUGGUAACGGUGCGGUGUGA